UUAGUAACAAAACAAUGUUGACUUAGACAGACCUAACACUACUGAUAACCGAUAAAGGUUUGCACACUCGUGUAUAUACCUGUACCUGAGCUUUAAGUGUUCACACGGCAUUCGUAAAGAGAAAGAAUAUGGUUAUCUGCAAAAAGUGGACGUUGGCGCAACGAUUUGAUGGAAAACCAACUUCUGCCAACUUCAAACUUGUAAAGGAGGACAUUUCUGAAAAGCUGAAUGAUGGAGAGGUACUGUGCGAGGCAGUGUAUCUAACUGUGGAUCCAUAUAUGAGAACAGGCGAGGCGCGAAAUGCCGUUGGUGGUACGCUGUUUGGAGAACAAGUUGCAAAAGUUACAGUCAGUAAGAAUCCCAAAUACCCUGUGGGCACAAUUGUCCGUUUGAUGUCCGGGUGGCGCUCGCAUACCUUGGUGAAGGACGCCGGAAAAGAGAUUCUACGAUCCGCUGAAAUGAGUGAUCUCCCUUUGUCACUGAUGCUGGGCACCAUGGGAAUGCCGGGGAUGACGGCUUAUUUCGGAUUCUUGGAAAUAUGUCAGCCAAAGAAAGGAGAGACGGUGUUGGUGAACGGAGCCUCUGGUGCCGUGGGCAGUCUAGUGGGGCAAAUAGCCAAAAUCAAGGGAUGUAAAGUAAUUGGAUUCGCCGGAAGUGACGAGAAAUGUGAUUGGCUCAAAGAACUUGGGUUUGAUUUUGCUUACAACUACAAGAAGGUUGACGUGGACGCUGCUCUGAAUGAAGCUGCACCAGAGAACAGCGUGGACUGCUUCUUUGACAAUGUUGGUGGAACAUUCACAGUCAAGGCUUUGAAUCAUAUGAAGACGUUCGGACGGGUGUCGAUCUGUGGUUCCAUAUCUGCGUACAACGAUACCACCCUUCCGACAGGUCCUUUGCCAUUUUUCAAUAUCUUAAAAUCCCAGUUGAAAGUAGAAGGAUUUAUUGUUUAUCGCUGGCAUCAAAGAUGGCAGGAGGGUGAAAAAGAAAUGCUUCAAUGGAUAAAAGAGGGGAAAAUUAAAUAUAAGGAGCACGUGACAGAGGGAUUUGAGAAAAUGCCGGAAGCUUUCAUGGGUUUGUUCGAAGGAAGCAAUUUUGGAAAAGCUAUCAUCAAAGUGUGAAGUAGAUUUUGGUGGAUAGAUUGUGUUCUGAUAACGAUGAAGAGGUUAAGUUUGUUAUUCGAUGGAUCACCAUACGUUUACGUCGAUUAACAGUCGUAGAAACCUGAGUGACGACACUGACUCUCUUCCGUGUAUUCCUUCACUUACAGUCGUUCACAAUGAAAUUGUUUAAUUUUUAGUUCCAAUUUAUAGUAUUUUAUGUGACUUGUUAUUGUUUUGCACAUUGACAAUAAACACAUGUACAAUAGU